AUGCUCGAAGACGAUUGUCGCAACAAAUACAAGGAUCAACCCUCUGACACUGUUUAUGAACAGAUUAUAGUUGUUGGAGCUGGGCUGGGAGGACUGGGAGCUGCUGUUUCACUCCUUCUUGCCGGUCAUGAUGUCCAGGUGUUUGAAGCAGCAUCCGCAAUUGCUGAGGUUGGUGCUGGAAUUCAAGUCCUCCCUAACAGCAGUCGAAUACUGCAAUCAUGGGGAAUGCGAGAGAUGCUGUUGCAGUACGCAACAGCUCCAUCGCACGUGAAUAUGCUGGGCUGGAAAGGAAAUUUGAUCUCUUCGAUGAAUACGACAGAAUCAGCCUCCAAGUAUCCAGGGACAUUUUACUGGGAUUUCCACCGAGCAAAUUUACACAAGGCCUUGCUUGAGCGUGCCGUCGAGCUGGGUGCGGUGGUUAAAGUCAAUGCCAGAGUCAUCGAUGUGAAAGUGAACCAACAUGGUGAAACUGCCACAGUAUCGUUGGAUACCGGCGAGGAAUUUGUGACGGAUCUGGUGGUGGGCGCCGAUGGCAUCAACACCCAACUGAGGGAGAUGCUGCUGGGCAAGGCCGACCCACCGGCAUUGACAGGUGAUCUGGCAUACAGGUUACUGCUGUCGACAAAGGAAAUGCUCAAGGAUCCCGAGCUGGCUGAGUUUGUGCAGAAGCCACAAGUCAAUUACUGGCUAGGACCUGACGCCCAUGCUGUCAACUAUGUUCUCAGAGGUGGCGAGCUGUUCAACAUGGUCCUUCUUGUGCCCGACGACAUGCCAGCUGGUGCCAAAACACUGGAAGGCAAUGUCGAAGAGAUGCGGGCGCUAUAUAAAGAUUGGGAUCCGAGAAUACCCAAGCUUCUCAACCUCUGCGAAUCAGUUUAUAAAUGGCGUCUCUGCAUUCGACUAGGCAUGGACUGCUGGAGUCAUCCAUCAGGGGCCUGGACCAUGAUGGGAGACGCUGUCCACGCGACCCUCCCAUACCUUGCGUCAGGCGCCGGAAUGUGUUUCGAAGACGCCGCUGUUCUCGGCGAACUCUUCUCUCGCGCGGCUAACCCCCGAAACCCCAAAGUCAAACGUCAACUUCUCGCCAUCUACGAACAGUGUCGAAAACCGCGCACAGAAAUGAUCGUCAAACGGGGAAACAAGCAGCAGUACCUCUACCACCUUCACGACGGGGAGGAACAGGUGGAGCGAGAUCGCAAAAUGCGUGAGAAGGAGGAAGGUGAGGCAUUGGCAUGGAGAGAUAUCGGAUUGGCCGACAAGCUGCUGGGCUAUAAGGUGGAGAGGGAUGUGAGUACCUCGAUUUGUCGAGAAGUGAUAUAA